GGGUGUGCAUGGAUGCUGGCUCCGGCCCUUUGAGGUCCGCGAGGCCUCUGCCGGGAAAUAUUCUCUCCUGCGGUCCACGAGGCCCCCACGGCGACGCCGGGCUUCCAGGCUCCUCGGCCGGGUGUGAUCCCCCAGUCCGCAGCGGAGCGGCCGGUGGCCCGGAGCGGCGGGAGCGAGCCGAUGCCGCGGCUGCCCGGGCCCGCCUGACCCUCGAGGGGGUCGCUGUUGCCUCGCGGAUCCCUCCCUCGCUCCCAGCUCGCGUCCCUCCCCGCUGCUCCCGCCGCGUCCGCCUUUUGUUCGCCGAGCCGCGCGCCCCCGAGCCGAGGCGGCGGGGCGGGGAGCUGGCGGGGCUGCGUGGGGGGCGGGCCGCGCCGGGCGGAGCCGGGGCCCUGGCCUCAGCCGGACUGGGAGUCCCAGGCGGCGAUCGCCGAGCAGGCUGCAGUCGGGGUCCGGGCGCGCUCCGGGGGCGCGGCGAGGCGGAGGGGGCGGGCACCGGGCGGAGCCGGAGUCGGAGUCGCGGCGCCUGGAGGAGAUCCGGCCGCGCGCUGAGAGCACCGAGUGGCGGAGAGGCCGCGCGGCGCGGGGCAGGGCCCGAGCGCAGCCCCCGGACGCAGGAGACCGGAGCUCAGUCGCGGCCUGAGCGGCGGGAGCGCAUCGGAGACCCGCCGCAGGGACACCCAGGCCGGCCGCUCCCGGGCCAUGCGCGCCGCUCGCUGAGACCCGGGGAGGCCGCGAUGGAGGCGCCAGCGGGAGAGUCACCGGCGCGGGGCUACGGCCCCCCGCCUGCUCCCGCGCCUGCCGCGGAGAGGAAGAAGAGCCACCGCGCGCCAUCGCCAGCCCGGCCCAAGGACGUGGCCGGCUGGUCUCUAGCCAAAGGCCGCCGCGGUACAGGCCCGGGCGCCGCUACAGCCUGUGGCGCCGCGUCCUCGGCGAGGCCCGACAAGAAGGGGCGCGCGGUGGCUCCUGGUACUCGAGGCGCGGGGCCGCGGGUGGCCGGGGUGCGCACGGGGGUCCGUGCCAAGGGCCGCCCUCGCCCGGGUACCGGGCCCCGCCCGCCGCCGCCGCCGCCCAGCCUCACGGACAGCAGCUCCGAGGUGUCGGACUGCGCGUCGGAGGAGGCGCGCCUGCUGGGCCUGGAGCUGGCGCUCAGCAGCGACGCCGAGUCUGCGGCGGGCGGCCCCGCGGGGACCCGCACCGGGCAGCCGUCCCAGCCGGCGCCGUCGGGGCAGCAGCCUCCGCGGCCGCCCGCCUCCCCGGAUGAGCCGUCGGUGGCAGCAUCGUCGGUGGGUAGCAGCCGCUUGCCACUCAGCGCCUCGCUAGCCUUCUCCGACCUCACCGAGGAGAUGCUGGACUGUGGGCCCGGAGGCUUGAUGCGGGAGCUGGAAGAGCUGCGUUCCGAGAACGACUAUCUCAAGGAUGAAAUUGAGGAGCUACGGGCUGAGAUGCUGGAGAUGCGGGAUGUCUAUAUGGAGGAAGACGUGUACCAGCUGCAGGAGUUGCGGCAGCAGCUGGACCAAGCCAGCAAGACCUGUCGCAUCCUGCAGUACCGACUGCGUAAGGCUGAGCGCCGCAGCCUCCGCGCUGCCCAGACAGGCCAGGUUGACGGUGAACUCAUCCGUGGUCUGGAACAGGACGUCAAGGUCUCUAAGGACAUCUCCAUGCGGCUUCACAAGGAGCUGGAGGUGGUGGAGAAGAAGCGGAUGAGGCUGGAGGAGGAGAACGAGGGGCUCCGACAGAGGCUCAUUGAGACCGAGCUGGCCAAGCAGGUGCUACAGACGGAGUUGGAUCGUCCCAGAGAGCAUUCCUUGAAGAAAAGAGGAGCCCGAUCUCUGGGGAAGACAGAUAAGAAGCCUACUGCCCAGGAGGAUAGUGCAGACCUCAAGUGCCAGCUGCACUUUGCAAAGGAGGAGUCGGCCCUCAUGUGCAAGAAGCUCACCAAGUUGGCUAAGGAGAACGACAGCAUGAAGGAGGAGCUGCUGAAGUACCGAUCUCUCUAUGGGGACCUGGAUGCGGCCCUGUCCGCAGAGGAGCUGGCGGAUGCUCCGCACUCCCGUGAGACUGAGCUGAAAGUGCACCUGAAGCUGGUGGAGGAGGAGGCCAACCUGCUGAGCCGCCGCAUUGUGGAGCUGGAGGUGGAGAACCGGGGCCUGCGGGCCGAGAUGGACGACAUGAAGGACCACGGGGGUGGCAGCGGUCCCGAGGCCAGGUUGGCCUUCUCUUCUCUGGGUGGUGAGUGCGGGGAGAGCCUAGCCGAGUUGCGGCGCCAUCUGCAGUUUGUGGAAGAGGAGGCUGAGCUGCUGCGGCGCUCCUCAGCCGAGUUGGAGGACCAGAACAAGUUGCUGCUGAAUGAGCUGGCCAAAUACCGCUCGGAGCAUGAGCUGGAUGUGACUCUGUCGGAGGACAGCUGCUCGGUGCUCAGCGAGCCCUCGCAGGAGGAGCUGGCAGCUGCCAAGCUGCAGAUCGGCGAGCUCAGCGGCAAGGUCAAGAAGCUGCAGUAUGAGAACCGCGUGCUCCUCUCCAACUUGCAGCGCUGUGACCUGGCUUCCUGCCAGAGCACACGCCCCAUGCUGGAGACGGAUGCUGAGGCUGGGGACUCCGCGCAGUGCGUGCCUGCCCCUCUGGGUGAGACGCUGGAGCCCCACGCCGCCAGGCUUUGCAGGGCCCGUGAGACCGAGGCGCUGCCCGGCCUACGGGAACAGGCCGCCUUGGUCAGCAAGGCCAUCGACGUCCUGGUGGCUGAUGCCAAUGGCUUCUCAGUCGGCCUCCGCCUGUGCCUGGACAAUGAGUGUGCUGACUUGCGAUUGCACGAGGCGCCUGACAACAGCGAGGGCCCCAGGGAUGCCAAGCUCAUCCAUGCCAUCCUGGUACGACUGAGUGUGUUGCAACAGGAGCUGAACGCCUUCACCCGCAAGGCAGAUGUGGCUUUGGGGAGCUCUGGCAAGGAGCAGCCUGAGCCCUUCCCUGCUCUGCCCACCUUGGGCUCCCAAGGGCCCGCAAAGGAGAUCAUACUGUCCAAAGAUCUUGGCUCUGACUUCCAGCCACCUGACUUCAGAGACCUGCUGGAGUGGGAACCCAGGAUCCGAGAGGCCUUCCGUGCCGGUGACUUGGAGUCCAAGCCUGACCCUAGUCGGACCUUCAGGCCGUACAGGGCCGAAGACAAUGAUUCCUAUGCCUCUGAGAUCAAGGAACUUCAGCUGGUCCUGGCCGAGGCCCACGACAGCCUCCGGGGCUUGCAAGAGCAGCUGUCCCAGGAGCGGCAGCUACGGAAGGAGGAGGCUGACAGCUUCAACCAGAAGAUGGUCCAGCUGAAAGAAGACCAGCAGAGGGCUCUGCUGAGGCGGGAGUUUGAGCUGCAGAGUCUGAGCCUCCAGCGGCGACUGGAGCAGAAGUUCUGGAGCCAAGAGAAGAACAUCCUGGUGCAGGAGUCCCAGCAGUUCAAGCACAACUUCCUGCUGCUCUUCAUGAAGCUCCGGUGGUUCCUGAAGCGCUGGCGGCAGGGCAAGGUUCUGCCCAAUGAGGAGGAUGACUUCCUGGAGGUGAACAGUAUGAAGGAACUGUACCUGCUGAUGGAGGAAGAGGAGAUGAACGCCCAGCACUCGGAUAACAAGGCCUGCACAGGGGACAGCUGGACUCAGAACACGCCUAACGAGUACAUCAAGACCCUGGCUGACAUGAAGGUCACACUGAAGGAACUGUGCUGGCUGCUCCGGGACGAGCGUCGGGGUCUGACUGAACUUCAGCAGCAAUUCGCAAAGGCCAAGGCCACCUGGGAGACAGAGCGGGCAGAGCUCAAGGGCCAUGCCUCGCAGGUGGAGCUGAAGGCUGGGAAGGGUGCCAGCGAAAGGCCUGGGCCGGACUGGAAGGCUGCACUGCAGAGAGAGCGGGAGGAGCAACAGCACCUCCUGGCAGAGUCCUACAGUGCUGUCAUGGAGCUGACGAGGCAGCUGCAGCUGAGUGAGCGCCACUGGAGCCAGGAGAAGCUGCAGCUGGUGGAGCGGCUGCAGGGAGAAAAGCAGCAGGUGGAGCAGCAGGUGAAGGAGCUGCAGAACCGCCUCAGUCAGCUGCAGAAGGCUGCCGAGCCCUGGGUCCUGAAGCACUCGGACAUGGAGAAGCAAGACAACAGCUGGAAAGAGGCACGAAGUGAGAAGAACCAUGACAAGGAAGGUGUUUCUGAAGCUGAGCUUGGGGGAACCGGCUUAAAGAGGACCAAAUCCGUCUCCUCCAUGUCUGAGUUUGAAAGCUUGCUCGACUGUUCCCCCUACCUUGCUGGUGGAGAUGCCCGGAACAAGAAGCUGCCCAACAGCCCUGCUUUUGCCUUUGUGAGUCCUGAGCCGGUGGAGCCUGAGAAAGAUGCCAAGGCAAAGGCGGGGCUUUCCACCCGGGACUGUAGCCACAUUGGUAGCCUGGCCUGUCAGGAGCCUGCAGGGAGGCAGAUGCAGCGCAGCUAUACUGCUCCAGACAAGACAGGAAUCCGAGUCUACUACAGUCCCCCAGUGGCCCGGCGCCUGGGUGUCCCCGUGGUCCAUGACAAGGAGGGCAAGAUCCUCAUUGAGCCAGGCUUCCUCUUCACCACUGCCAAGCCCAAAGAGUCAGCGGAGGCUGACGGGCUGGCCGAGAGCUCCUACAGCCGAUGGCUUUGCAACUUCUCCAGGCAGCGGCUGGAUGGAGGAUCCGGGGCCAGCCCCUCGGGUUCCGGACCGGCUUUCCCUGCAGCCCUGCAUGACUUUGAGAUGUCGGGCAACAUGAGUGAUGACAUGAAGGAGAUCACGAACUGCGUGCGUCAGGCCAUGCGCUCUGGCUCCCUGGAGAGGAAGGUAAAAAGCACAUCCAGCCAGACAGUAGGUCUGGCCACCGUGGGCACCCAGACCAUUCGGACAGUCAGUGUAGGUCUUCAAACUGACCCACCCCGCAGCAGCCUCCAUAGCAAGAGCUGGUCACCCCGCAGCUCCUCACUUGUGUCUGUGCGCAGCAAGCAGAUCUCUUCCUCCCUGGACAAGGUCCAUUCUCGCAUUGAACGGCCAUGUUGCUCGCCUAAGUAUGGCUCGCCCAAGCUCCAGAGGCGAUCAGUGUCCAAGCUGGACAGUACCAAGGACCGAAGCCUGUGGAACCUGCACCAGGGCAAGCAGAAUGGCUCUGCCUGGGCUCGCUCCACCACCACACGGGAUAGCCCAGUACUGAGGAACAUCAACGAUGGGCUGUCUAGCCUCUUUAGUGUGGUGGAGCACUCUGGGAGCACAGAGUCUGUGUGGAAACUGGGCAUGUCUGAGGCCCGAACCAAGCCUGAGCCUUCCAAGUAUGGCAUCGUUCAGGAGUUCUUUCGGAACGUGUGUGGCCGGGCACCGAGCCCCACAACCGCAGCAGGAGAGGAGAGCUCCAAGAAACCAGAGCCCCUUUCGCCAGCCAGCUACCAUCAACCCGAGGGUGUAGCCAGGAUCCUGAAUAAGAAGGCAGCCAAGGCAGGUGGUAGCGAAGAGGUCAGACCCACCAUGCUGUCCCAGGUGGGGAAGGAUGGUGUCCUUCGUGAUGGAGAUGGGUCCUUGAUCCUUCCCAGUGAGGAUGCCGUUUGUGACUGUAGUGCCCAGUCACUUGCCUCUUGCUUCGUCCGGCCAUCCCGCAACACCAUCCGCCACUCCCCUUCCAAGUGCAGGCUGCACCCUUCAGAGUCAGGCUGGGGUGGGGAGGAGAGGGCAGCUCCCCAGUGAGUCCCAGAGCAGCCAAGCACCCGCCUCAAGCAGCCUAGACCCUGGAGAUGAGGCAAGGCGUCAAGUCCUCAGCCUCGGUCCAUCCAUGGGGAACAGCAGCUGUGCCACUGCCACAGGAGAGCUUUCGCAUUAAGGUAAAGCAAGGUGUCUUGCUGACUGCUGGGCAUAUGCGUAUGCCUCUGAUUUCCAGGGGAAGGCAGUGAGCAAGAAGAAAGACCAAACCUGGGUGACCAGGACUGGGCCUCAGAAGCACCUGAAGAGCUCCGCAAGUCAGCUCUGGGUCCUCAAGGGGGCCUGGCACCACUCACACCACUUCUUAGAAGGAUCCAGGAAAGGAGGCAUUUCUGGCCAGGCUCCAGGAACAGGGCUGCGAGAGAUGCUCCCUACUGACCACAUGUGGAGGGGAAGCCACUGAGAGGUUCCACUUUGCUUAGGGUCCAGCUCAAGGCUCUCAGAAGAAUUGGGCCUGGGUGUGACUGUCACUUCUUGCUCCCCCCUCUCAGCCCUGCUGCUCUGGUGGCUAGGCCCUCCUGGAGCAGGGAAGGGGGACAUGAUAGAGCAGAGUCCAGGGCCAAGUACACUUGGAAUCCUGGAGCCCUGGAUCCCCCUGACUGUGCCCACAUGUAGCAAGAACUGGGAGGCGGGUGGGAGUAUGUGGGGUUCAGAGUAGGAGGCCAGAAGAGACGACUCCCUUGUCAUGGGGACAUGAGGGUCCAACUUUCGUAGGAGACUCCAUGAGAACAGAAAUGGGUAGCAUCCAUCUCAGCACCUGACGAAGAGGUAAAUGCCUACAUGCUGUGCCUCGAUUCCUAGGACCUCUUUCUUGGUAGCAGGGUUAGGUGCUGCAGUCCUGCAGCGGCCGAAAUGCUCCCUGGGAGAGACUAUUGGUUAGGUCAGACCAGAGAGAGCGCUAAGAGGCCAGUGUCCCGGGACAUAGCCCAAGACAUGGGCAUACAUUUGUUUAUUUGCCUAGAUUGUUUAUUUGAAUUUUUCAUACUAUAAAUAUUUAAGGUGAUUUACUUUAUUUUAAUAAUUUAACUUACCCCCUUCCCAUCUCAGAGCCCCUAAGGUAAUUUAUUAGAGGUAUCCUUGCCACUGGGACAGCAUGGGGCUUGUGACACCAUGGAGUCUCCAUGUGGCUGAGGCAACUCAGCACCAGGCUCGGGUCUCCUGGUUUUGUCAGAAGGGCCCUCAGCAGAGCUGGGCCUCUGCACCUUACUCCUCCAAUACCACUGGCUAUUUAGACUCAGAGCACUACAUUUUCCCUCUUCGUCCGGUAUUUGGCCCAGCCUCUACAGGCCAGACUGUAAAUGCUUCAGAGGAACUGCAGGCCAGAAUGGUGUCAUCACUCCCCAGCCGUCCUCCACAAUCUUUCCCACCCCUCCCUUCCCGCCAACACCUCUUCUCAUGAGUUAAACCCAGAUGACUGCAGCUCUGUUCCUUCCACGUUCCCGAAGUAAGAACUGGCAGGAAAACAGGAUGGACUUGUAGAAUGUUGUCUAUUGCAGCUUUGCACACGGAUCUGAGAGUGUCUACCAGCCUGCCAGCCUGUUCACCAGCGCUUCUCUUAGCCUUAUAGCCACUCAUGGCUCCUCAAGCCCCAGCUCUACUGCCUGUCCUUCCUGCACCUCUAGGAGUCGCCUGAACCACACCAGUAUAACUCAACUGCAGUAUGGGGAGGGCUCACAUGCCUCCCCUUGGUGCCAAGGAACCAAUUUCAGUUGUACACAUGUGAUGUGCCGCCCUCCUGUUCCUGGCUGGGGACCCAGACUCAUCCAGGAAUGGAUUGGCUUUUGUGCAGAGGUCCCCUCAGAAAGGCGGAGAGCCAGCUGCAUAGCUGGUUUGCUCCAGGACUAGGGAGAGGCCUCUACACUCCCACCUACCUGUACCCAGGCUAUCUUUUUAGAAACACCUGGGCCAGUUACCCAAAGCCCCUCGACCCCAUUCCCUAUGGGCAGUAUAUCAGGGUCAGUGCUUUCCAGCAGCUGUUGACUUGUGUCCAGUAACUUGCGUGGGCAUAGUCAGCAGGCCAGUGGACCGUGGGCCAGGUCCCUCCAGGAUGCAACUGCUCUCCUCUAAGAGGUCAGAGGUCCCUCUAAGGUUAUUUCCAGCUGAGGGGACCACACCAGGCCACAAGCCACCAGAGGCCUUCUGCCACCUCCCAGAGCUACCAAGAGCUUGGGAGGCUUGGAGAAAAGUGCCCAUAGUCCUGAACUUGAGGGCUUAGGGGCCGUUCAGCCUUACCAUCGUCUCCGUAUGGGUUGUGCAUUUCCACUGUCUUAGCACCUGGCUCCUGUGUCCCCCAACAGGUGUUGCCAGCUCCAGGUCUUGUUUUUCAGUCCCCGUUUCUAAUUCUUGCUUGCCACCGUGCAAGGCCACUUGUCACUGUCCCUAUGGAAGCCUCUGGAUGUAGGGCUCAGUGGGGUUGAAAAUGUUCCAUGUAAAUAUUGGUUUGGUUUGAUCUUUAGCAUUUUACUUGGUAACUGGUUCUGUUUUCUUUGGGGGUGGGGUGGAAGGGUUGGUUUGUAAAUCUCUCUACUCUUUUGAAAUGUAAUUUCUAAGUUUGUUUGUUUCUUCAAAUGCCUUUUAUGUCUCAGUAACAUUCCCAAAGCAGAAAACUGCCUGGCUUACAUGGGGGCACGCCCCUUGAGGCCUGGAGUCAUGGGAAGGAGCUCCGCCCUUCCUCCUAUCUAUGCUCUUUCUGUUUACCUCUGCUUUUCUCCUCCUCUUCCUCCUCCUCUCCUUCCUCCUCUCCCACUUCUUCCUCUUUUUCCUCCCCCCCCCUCCCUCCUCUUCCUCUUUUUCCUCCUCCUCCAGCUUCUCUACCCUACUCCCAGAACAGAUGCCCAAAGGAGCCCUGGGGUCCCAUCCUCUAAAAGAUUGCCUGGCUUGUGCCCAUAGGGUUGACACAGAUUGGCUGGGGGCACAAGGGAGAAUUAAGUUACAUGAUCGAAACUAAGCUAUGUCUCACCUCUUCCCAAGGCUAACCCAAAUGAAACCAUCUUGGAGGCAGUGGUAACUGGUUUUGAAAUGAGAUUCAGAGCCCUGACUGAACAAGGCAUCAGCAUCCAUUUGCCUUUGCCUCGUAGCCUUCCUCCCACCAAGGCUAGCCUCUAGCGAUCUUGUUCUCUAGGAGCUCAUAUUUCUAAGUUUGUCUUGGCCUCUCCAGUGAUAUUCAUCUACCAGCUGGCCUCCAGGUGACAAAACUGAGUACUCAAAAGACCUGAACUUCUAGGCACCACCAUGCGGUGCUUGUUAUGUACCUUUGAUGGAUAAUCUGUCACUCAGCUUUGUCUCUUACCCAGACUCUUCCCUUUACCACCCACCCAAAAUGAUCCAGUUCCAGCCUCAACUGCCCACUGCCUCCUCCCUCUCCCUCCUCACUGUAAUAGCAAACAUCCUUCCACCGUCCUCCCUACUGCACUGUACUAUUUAGGGAUCACAUCACUAUCUCACCAGCUCUCCUUAGUCUCUCAAGGGCAACUCGAGGGGCAGUUUUGACAGGACGGGGCUUAGUGCUCUCAUUCUACAGAGGGGAAAACAGUUUUUGCCCUGGAGCCCUGAACCAGGAAGUCAUCAACUGUAUAGCUGGAUUCUUCUUGGCCUUGUGUACAAACUCACUGGGGUGCUGGCUAGAGUUAAGGCAUCCCAAACUUGCCACUGCCGAACCCAGAGACAGGCUUUCAAUUCUGGACCUUUGUUCCAGAGGCCAGGUAGUUCAGGGACCCACUGCACCCGAACCUCUGAGAGCAAGUUCAUCCUGCAGAUUUCUAGGUCUUACCACAGCCUCUAGACAGAGGUCCUAUGGGUUUAGCCCUCUGGAGAUCCAUAAGUACCAGUGACCAGUGUUUACAUUCACAGUACCAGCCAUUCCUAACUUUAGCAUUCUGAGUCAGUGUUCACAGUGCUAGGUCCUGAACAAGAGCCCGAACACUGAUUGUUUAGCCCUGAGCACUGAGAUUUGUGAUUUGGGGGAUGGGUGUCUCGGCCAAACUCUGCUUUGGGUACAUUAUUCCAAGGGUUUUCAAAGGGCAUCAAAAACAGUCUUCCACCUUAGUCAGAUGUUUCAUAAAACAACAAAGCCAGAAAGGCCAGUGGCACAGACCUUUAAUCCUGGCUACUCGGGAGGCAGAAACAGGAGGAUCAAGUUCAAAGCCUGUUUGGGCUAUGGAAUGAGUUCAAUGUCAGCCUGGGCAAUUUUUUAAAGGUCUUAUCUCAAAGAUUUUAGAAAGUGGUGGAUAGUUCAGUGGUCAAAGCUUGCUUCAUAUAUGUGAGGCCCAGGGUUCUCUCCCUAGUCACAAUGGGACAUCAGAGGACAAGAACUAAGGGGAUGUGUUAAUUACACAGUGUAAAGUGGACUCUCUUCCUCCUCCUGCUAUUUGUCUAUUUUUUGUUUUUUAGACACUAUCUUGCUAUGUAUCGCUGGCCAAUCUGGAAAUUGCUAUAUUAGACCUUAAAUCUGUGGUAAUUUUCCUGCCUCUGCCUCUCAAGUUCUGGAAUUACAGGCAUGUACUACCAUACCCAGCCUUAAAUUUUGUUCUGGGUGCCAUGGUGAGAAGUGAAACACUUUUAUCAGCCAAUCAUGAUGCUCCUAGUUUGUACUAAUGUGGAACCUGAGAUCUCUUUAUAGACCCUGAAGCUGAUUGGUGUAAUACCUGCUUAGCCUAAGAUAAGACAUGUUUUCCAGAAGACUGUCUACAAAAUAAUAAACUGCCCCCAGUUUGAUUGACCUUGGCCAAAUCACAUGACUAGUCUAUGCCCCUCUUUCCCCAGCUGUAAAGUGGUGGCUGUGGAGAAGAUACGUUGUGCCUGUUUGUCUAAAAAAAGCUGAUGUUCUAUAUAAAUCUGAAUGAAUCUGACCACACUCUUUAUAGCCAUGGAGCCCCUCAGCGCCCUGGCUCCAGUGGUAGGGAAGUACCUCCUUUGGCCUUAAAUAGACGGGGACCAGAGGAGAAUCUCACCAACCUGCUCACAUUUUAAAAUGCUACUGUAGUCCUUCUGUGUGCAUAUGUGCAUGUGUUUGCACAUGCUGGGGAUGAGACUCAGGGCCUAGUGCAUGUGAGGCAAGCAUCUUACCGCUGAAUUACAUCUCCAACCCCAAAGAAGCGUUUUUAAAAGUAUUUACUUUGAGACAGGGUCUCUUGUAUCGUCAGGUGGUCUCCAACUCAUUAUGUAACCAAGGAUGAGCACCAAGGAUGAGCUUGCAUCUCUUACUACCUUUCUGCCUCUGUCACUGUUGGGCAUUUGCCACCGCCCCUGGCCUUUAAGUACAUUCUCAAUACUGUGUUAACCACCACUAUCUCCAGAACUUCUUGGUCUCAAACUAAAAUACCACACCCCCAUAAUAAUUACUAAUUGACCUCUACACAGCAACUCCCACCCUGCCCCAGGCUGGAUGACCUCUGGUCUGAUUUCUCCCUUCUUUACUGGCCUGUUUUAGGUACUCAUGUAGAUAGGGUCCAGUAUUUAUCCUUCUGUCUCACCUCUUUAUGUUUUACAUGUGGAGAAGGGUAUGGCUUGCCCAAGGCCUCUGAGCAAGGCAAGGGACUAGCUACUAGCAGGUCCCAGAGUUCCUGGUUCUCCGAAGAUUCUGUACAGCAUGCUCCGAGGGUGUGGCUGAACCCUCAUCUUGGUUGGGGUUCACUUCCCACCUCAUAUGCCUCUCCUCUAUCAUCUAUAGUCUCCCUCCUGUCACUAUGUCCUACCUGGUUCCUGCCACUAGAUGGAGUGGCCCUAGCUUAGGGCCAGGUUUACUCUUCUGGGGCCCUGGGCUCUCUAUAGCACUAGCCCUCAGCCUCCUGUGUCCUCUGGUGUGCUUUUCCCUCCUGUGGGUUUGUGUGUGUGACCUUGGCAGUCUCCUCCCUGUCCCAACAAGCUCACCUGCCCAUCCCAUCUCUAAAGUGCCAUGUACAGCCUGUCUCCCUAUUCCAACGUUUGCUCUCAGAUCCGGAAUUAUCCCGUCUUGUGUUUAUUUUGUAUUUUCUCUCACUAGAGGCAUCUGCUUCUUCCAUGGAUCAUGCUACUCCAUCUAUCUCUUCCAGUCCUCCCCAUCAGACUCAUCCAACUCUCUGCCUCCUGUGUCCUCAGUCUCCCAAUAGCAUCGCCUUCCACUGGGAGGAUGGGUGGUGGACACAGACUAGCUCUUCACUUUUGGGUCUUCUCUGCCCAGCCCACUCUUGGUAUAAUGCAGGGGAAGCUUGACCUCUCUUUCUUUGGUUUUGUGCCUCUCUGUCCAUCCUAUCAGUUCUCCUCUGCAAAUCAGCUCAUCUUGGCAGAACCCAGUCACCUGAACCAAUGGCAUCUGCAGUUUGCAGAAUCCACAGAUCCAUGAAAGGGGACUGAGAAUGUCCUGGGCCACAGCCCCUGCUCCACUUCAUUUUCUCACCCUCCUGGGACCCUCCUCUUCCCUCUGCCUACCCCAUUGACCUGGCCUCCCCUUCCUGUCCUUCGACAGCUCCCUGGACCCUGAAGAAAGAGGCUUCGGUUUCCUCCAAGUAUCCUAGAAGGACUGAGGCAGUUGAGUCCUUGUCACACCACAUGCAAAACCACCGGUGCCACUUCUAGAAGAGAGACCUCAGCUGGCAGUCUGGAGACCUAUCCCAAGUUUGCGCCUCCCCAUCUUAUGGUCCUCUUAGGAGCACUGUGAUGACCCUAUGGGCCUCAGCUAUCCUUUGUGUUUCAGAGCUCUGUAGCCUCCCCUGGAUCCACUGGGCCCUGGCAACUCCUGUUCUUGGCUCAGCUAUUGAUCUCUGUGCCUUAGUUUACUUCUCCACACAGGGGGACUCACCCACCAUAUCAUUCCUAGCAUCUAUCCAGACCUUUUGGUGCCUCUUCAGCUGGGCCUUGCCAACGUGGCCAAGGCAGCUGGGUUACCACUGGCAACUCUGUCCCCAUAGUAGAAGCAUCACCAGAAAUACUGGAAGAAAUGCAGAUUGUUGGCCCCACUGAAGCACACCCAGCAGGUUGGGGUAUGAAAGAGCCUCCAGUCAUUCUGAUGUAGACAGGUUUGCCAACAGCAACAGGGUUGUGGGCCCAGGUGAGCUUUCAGUGCAGCUUGGGCAGGAACCGGUGCUGGCCUGAGCCAAGAACAAUGGAAAACAACCAACCAAGGGGACUCCUAGAUUCAGGGCCUCUGGCCCAACACAAAACAACACUGUGGCAUUUCCUCUUUCUGGAAGCUGGAGUAGGGGCAAUGGUCUUGCAGUUUUCCUGUUAUCUCUCUGUCUCCAUUUCAGCCCAACUCACCAUCCCCCAAUAAUCGGUGGUCACAGCAGGCAAGGGGCAGAGUCCCUGGGAUCCUCACCAUUGCCAGAGGGUCUCUGUGUAAAGGGAAAGAAACCCAAGGCUGCAAGAACAAAAUCCCAUGCCCGCUCACCUUUCGCUCCUGUGCUGCACCUCCUCGUCCUCCCAAUGUAGACAGCGUAGAGACUGUGUAGACAGUGCCAAAAAUCAGUUCCAACCCCCAGCGCCUAAGAAGAGCUAGAGACGGCCUUUCUUCUCCACCCUGACUCCCCUCAUGAACCUGGCCAAUACUGUGAAGCCCCUUUUUGCUCAGCCUGGUUUCCUGGUGAGGGUCCUGCAGUCGUGGGCCCUGCCGGACCCCUCGGGAGGGAAGGGACCAAGGGCAUCCUUGGGCCAACUGUCCACCUCUCCCUUCCACUGUUCUGUCCUCCUCCUCUUGCUUCCACUACUCCCCUCUGUCUUCCUAUCUUUAAAGGCUCCUUCCCAGGACAUACUGGGUGGUGGACAGCAUCUAGUCCACCAGCUGUCCCUGCCCUGUGUCUUAUUUCAGACAUGAGACCUGUACAGUGUAAACUUACAAAGUGUUUUUAAUGGUUGUAGAUUGAAAAUAAAGUAUGUCAUAUAAGCA